AUGUCCGACAAGCCGCAACAGCCGCUCCCCUUCAUCUACCAGUUCGCCGCCGGUGCGGUGGCUGGUGUGUCUGAGCAGAUCCUGUUGAUGUACCCGUUGGACGUUGUCAAGACUCGAGUUCAACUCCAGACUGGAACCGCCGUCGCUGGUGCUGAGCACUACAAUGGCAUGUUUGACUGCUUCCGCAAGAUCAUCAAGCAUGAAGGUUUCUCUCGUCUGUACCGUGGUAUUUCCGCGCCUAUCCUGAUGGAGGCCCCCAAGCGUGCAACCAAAUUUGCCGCCAACGACAGCUGGGGCUCUUUCUACCGUGGUUUGUUCGGCGUGGAGAAGCAGACCCAGAGCUUGGCGAUCCUGACCGGUGCGACUGCUGGUGCGACCGAGGCUUUCGUGGUGGUUCCGUUCGAGCUGGUGAAGAUCCGUCUGCAAGAUAAGGCUUCCGCCGGCAAGUACAACGGCAUGUUGGAUGUGGUGAAGAAGAUUGUUCAGCAGGAGGGCCCUCUGGCCAUGUACAACGGUCUGGAGUCGACUCUCUGGCGUCACAUCCUGUGGAAUGCAGGCUACUUCGGCUGUAUCUUCCAGGUUCGCGCCCAGUUGCCGAAGCCCGAGCCCGGCAACAAGAGCCAGCAGACCCGCAAUGACCUGAUCGCCGGUUCUGUUGGUGGUAUUGCUGGUACACUUCUCAACACCCCGAUGGACGUCGUCAAGUCCCGCAUCCAGAACACCACUAAGGUUGCCGGCCAAACCCCUAAGUACAACUGGGCUUGGCCCGCCGUGGGCACUGUCAUGAAGGAGGAGGGUUUCGGAGCCCUGUACAAGGGCUUCAUCCCCAAGGUGCUCCGUCUGGGCCCCGGUGGUGGUAUCCUGCUCGUUGUGUUCACUGGCAUGAUGGACUUCUUCCGCCAGAUGCGCAACGAAUAA